ACCGUCAUUUUAGUUUCUUUCGACGGUUUUCGAUGGGAUUAUCUCCACAUGAAUCGUACCAAUACAGCAAACUUCGAUUCCAUCAUUCAGGAAGGCGUUCGAGCUGAGUAUGUUCAAAAUGUUUUCCCAACCGUUACGUUUCCGAAUCACUACACCAUUAUGACUGGACAGUAUGCUGAGAGCCAUGGAAUAAUAUCCAAUAGCAUGUACGAUCCCGUUCUUAAUGAGAACUUCAGCAUGGACACGAACGACUCGAAAUGGUGGAAUACGUUCAGUGAACCGUUGUGGAUCACCAACCAAAACCAGGGUCAUAAAAGCGGGAUGUGUUACUGGCCGGGNUCAAUUCACCAGAUGAGGCUGGCCACUGCUGUGGACCGUACUCAGUAAACGUUACAGAAGAAAUCAGGAAAGAUGACAAGAUCACGGGAUACUUAUUGGAGCAAUUGCGUAAAGAAAAAUUAUUGGAUGAAGUUAAUCUAAUUAUCACCGCUGAUCAUGGAACUGGAGCGUACAACACAAGCACAAUCAUCAAUUUUACUGAUUAUUUAACUCCUGAUUCUACGUCUUGGACUGGAGGAGGAACUUAUUUUUUUUUAUAUGCUGAUAAUGUAACUCGUGCUUACAACAAGUUAAAAGAACUUCAAAAAUUGCAACCCCAUUUCUCAGUUUUUCAUAAGGAGGAAGUACCAGAUGAUCUUCACGUAAAACAUAGUAAUCGCGUUCCUGAAAUUGUAGUUAUCAUGGAUGAACACUGGAUUGCAGAUAUUUCAAAAGCUCAUAACACAACAGUUUCUGAGCCUGUUGUCACUAAAGGAGCUCAUGGUUGGGUCCCAUCCAUACCGUCAAUGCAUCCGUUCUUUAUUGCGCGUGGCCCAGCAUUCAAGGUUGGUCACAAAUUUGAUCACAUCAACAUGGUUGAUAUCUACCCAUUGAUAUGCCAUUUACUUGGAAUAAGACCAGCGCCAAAUAAUGGAUCCCUAGAUCGCAUUGCUCACCUACUGAAAUCUACACCU